AUGGUCCUGUGGCUGAUAAUACGACAGGGGCAAGGUCCGAACCAGGGCGACCUGAUCAACCAAUGCCAGCAGCCCGAGAUCGAUGUUAUUGUUCUCUCGUUUGUGCAUCUUUUCCCAGCCCAGGCAAAUGGAUACCCUGGAACAAACUUUGGUAAUCGAUGCGGCGGCCAAGUUUACCCGGGUCCUGGCUUCAACGGUGUCCUUGAUCCUUCGAAGGAUCAGUUGCAGUCAAACUGCCCUAGUCUCAAUGCUCAGAUCCCAGUAUGCCAGCAGCAGUAUGGCAAGAAAAUCUUACUAUCGCUCGGAGGCGGCGUAGUAUCAUACCAGCUCACAGGCAGAAACGAGGGUGAACUCCUCGCAACUUACUUGUGGUACAUGUUCGGACCGAAAGAUCCCAACUGGACAGGACCUCGUCCAUUCGAUUACAACGGACAAGCGGUUGAGGUUGACGGGUUCGAUAUGGAUAUAGAGCAUCCAUCCACAGACAACUCGGAAGGCUACAUUGCCCUGGUCACCCUUUUGCGUACAUUCUACGCAACAGCAUCGAAGCAAUACUACCUGACUGGCGCUCCUCAAUGCGUCGUUCCAGAUGCCAACAUGGCUGCCAUGAUCUCCGCCGCUAAGUUCGACAUGAUCUUUGUGCAAUUUUACAACACUCCUAGUUGCUCAGCUGCGACUUGGGCGGCUAGCAAUCCGUCCUACACCCCCGGUGCGACAUAUCAGCAAGCCGGGUUCACAUUUGAUGCCUGGGUUCAAUGGCUAUCGAACACCCCUAGCAGAGACGCAAAGGUGUUCAUCACCCUACCUGGUUCUUCAGAUGCCGCGAAUGCUGGAAACUACAUCACCCAUCAGCAGGCAAAUAAUCUCAUCAGCGCGUACUACUGCCGGCCCUCGUUCGGAGGCGUGGCCGUUUGGGAAGCAACUCGCGGUGAUAGCAACCCCUAUAACGGCAAAUCUUUUCAAGCCACCAUGAAGAUUUGGCUGCAGGGGGCUGCAUCAGACACGCGACUUGCCAGCUGCCAAGUAGGCGCCAUCAACAACGACGGCAUCUUCUAG